AUGCCUCCCGGACCAGCACCAGCACCAAACCCCGGCACCAGCACCAGCACCAACACCAGCACCAACAUCAGAACCAGUGGCCCGUCUCCUGGCGAUCUCCUCCGCGUCAUAAGCAUUGGGCCUUGCCCACUUCACUCAAAAAAGCCCCACGGCUCGUGCCCCAACCGCAAAGGCAAGCUUGCAGCGCCGGUCUGUGCUCGUCUUUUAAACAAGAAUGCAAGGGCUCCCGCUCUAACCUCAAACCUCCGGAUUCGCACCACCACACUCUGCGUGCAAGAACAAGAUCGAAUCGCUUCUCUGUCCUAUCUGUCUGUCUGUCUGUCUGCUCUGUCUGUCUGUCUGUCUAUUUGUCUACUUGUCCAUCUGUCAUUCUGUCUGUCUCUGUCUCUGUCCGUCUGUUCGUCUGCUUUUGUCUCGUCGCGCCCAGUUACCACUUUGCUUUUCUGGCAAAGUGGCUCUUGUCUGAAGCCGUUCUCUCAAGCUUCCGCAACCGUCAUUGUCGCCCGUUGCAGCCCAUCUGAUCCUUUGUCCUCCCUUACCAUGUCCACGCAGCGCAAGCCUUGA